AUGGAAGGGUUUAAGAAGUUGCUGAAGGGCAGGGGGACGGUGAAAGUGAUGGAAUACGUGCGGGACUACUGCAAGAGGAACGGCCUGCUGACGCUCUCGGUGUUUGCUGUAGUGACGGGCUGCGUGCUUGGUUUUGUCCUCAGGACGCUGAACCUCUCCACACAGGCUAAGAUCUACUUCUCCUUCCCUGGAGAACUGCUGAUGAGGAUGUUAAAGAUGUUAAUUCUGCCUCUCAUCACCUCCAGUCUUAUGUCCGGCCUGUCAGCCAUGGACACGAGGGCAAGCGGUCGGCUGGGAGUCCUGACCAUCACCUACUACCUGUGGACAACCUUCAUCGCUGUCAUCGUCGGCAUCGUGCUGGUGCUCAUCAUUCACCCGGGGACGGGCUCAGAGAAAGACGGCCACCAUUCAAGUUCGGGGCCUGUAAUGACGUCUGCUGACGCCCUGCUGGACCUCAUCAGGAACAUGAUCCCGUCAAAUCUAAUUGAAGCAACUUUUCAGCAGUACCGAACAGAUCUGGUACCUAUAGUACAGAACUCUGAUGUCAAAGACUCUCAGGCCAACUAUGUGUACGUCAUGCCCGACUACCACAACCCUCGGCUAGGCCACCCGGUGUUCCUGGAGAUCACCCCUGCUCCCGACAUCAAGUAUAAAAUCAUCCCGAGCACCAGCAAGGGCAUGAACGUACUGGGGAUCGUCAUCUUCUCGGCCACCAUGGGUCUGCUGCUGGGGAAGAUGGGAGAACGUGGAGCACCGCUGGUCAACGUGUGCCAGUGCAUCAACGAGUGCGUCAUGAAGAUCAUUAACGCUGCGAUGUGGUACUUCCCCUUCGGCAUUGUUUUCCUCGUAGCAGGAAAAGUCCUGGAUAUGCAUGACCCGGCCCACCUAGGAGAGAAGCUGGGCAUGUACUUCAUCACGGUGCUGUGCGGUUUGUUUGUGCAUGGCCUCAUCCUGCUGCCUUUCUUCUACUUCGUCUUCACGCGAAAAAACCCCUUCCCCUAUAUCAGAGGGCUGCUGCAGGCUCUUGUUAUUGCACUCGCCACAUCAUCCAGCUCCGCCACAUUGCCCAUCACCAUGAAGUGUCUCUUGGAGAACUGCGGAGUGAACAGGCAGAUUGCUCGCUUCGUGCUGCCAGUGGGAGCUACCAUCAACAUGGAUGGGACUGCCCUGUAUGAGGCAGUGGCGGCGAUCUUUAUUGCUCAGGUCAAUGAGUAUGACUUGGACUUUGGCCAGCUGGUCACUAUUAGUAUAACAGCAACAGCAGCCAGCAUUGGGGCAGCUGGGAUACCUCAAGCUGGUCUGGUUACCAUGGUGAUUGUCCUAACUUCUGUGGGGUUGCCACCUGCUGACAUCUCGCUCAUUGUGGCUAUCGAUUGGGUUCUUGAUCGAUUCAGGACAAUGAUCAAUGUUCUCGGUGAUGCCUUAGCUGCUGGGAUUAUGGCUCAUUUAUGCAAAAAGGACUUUGAGAAAGCAGCCACUGAUGCAAAUGCUACCACUAAUGCUGCCAAUAAUGGAGGUGGCCCCAAUCGGAGAGACACAGUGAUCUCCUUUGGUAAUCAGAGCGUAGCGUUGUCUGAUGCUCCUCUGAUUGCACACCGCUGCGAUUAUGUGUUUGAAGUGGAUGGAGACAACGUGCUGGAGAGGCCUAUGACCUGCUACAGCCUCUGCCAAGUCUGAGAUACCUUUACUGGAUGGACAGCAAAUGAAACUGCCUUCUACAGCACAUAGAUUCACCUCUUGGAUAAAAGGGACCAUCAUCUGAGGCCCAAUAAAAAUCCAGUUUGGUUAAAAUCCUGCUACGUUUCAGCUGGAAAUAAGACCAAAGUUUAAGUAUGUUGUGAUGUUAGGGUUUAGCGGCUUAAAUGGAUUUUGCCUGUGCCAAGCCGAAAAGAAAAAACCUUCAUUACUUGAUAUACUGCAUAUUUCCGUUUCAGUUUUGACUGAGUGGAGAUGCAUUAAGUUUCACGUAUAACCUAAAUGUUAAACAGACACUCUGAAUGCAAAUAAGAGAUUAGAGAAAGAGAUAAGCGUUUAUCAGUCAGCGGUGAAAGUUAGACAUUCACGGUAGGCCUGUCCUAAUGAAGUUUGAUCAUGGUUUUGAGUUGCCUUACUAUGAUCUCAGUUUUGACAAUAAUUCUGAGAACUUGAAAGACUUGAAAGAAAACAAAACUAACUGACAAGAAGCACA